AUGCGAACGAGUCGACCACAGACAGAUCCUAUCACACCACAUGCGGAACGCCUAGUUUCCUAUAUGAAUACUCGUCCUGAAACUAUUCUGGGGUAUGCAAAGUACUUUGGAAAUUCCAAUGAUGCCGUGAGUGCCCGAAUGACUGACAUCGAUUCAAAUGGCUUUGUCGUGAUCGCAAAGAAUGCGGACGGAGUAGAAUCCGAAGUUCAUGUCGUUUUCAAAGAACGUCUAAAUGACUAUCAACAAGUCAGACCGGUACUGGUUGAAAUGGCUCGGGAAGCGGAGACUGCUUUGAAUUUGCCGAGUACACGUCCCCCAACCAUUUCGUCGGUUUCUUCAUCGGCACAAGCUUCAUCUUUACAUACACCUUUCAAUCCACCUCAAUUACCAAUUUAUAUCUUUCUUUUCUUGGCUUAUUGUUUCUUCUAUUUAAAUGCGUACUCCCCUUCUCCGAUGCCCGGAUACAUUGAAUCCUUUAGGCUAAUGUUUGGUCAACUAACUUUCCACUAUAUUCUUAUUGGUAUCACGAUUGUCCAUGUGUUCGAAGCUUUAUUGGUUGUAGUCGUGUUGACAAGGAGGGGAGAAAGGGAUGUUAUGACUUGGAUAUUAUGGGUGGUAAAUUCUCUAAUAUUCGGUCACUCUUGGCGUUUAUGGACCGCCAAGAAAGAAAAGGCCAUGUGA